AUGGAAAAAAUUCCAGAAAUUGGCUUUGGAACAUUCCGGCUCAAACGUGAGAGCGUCAAGCAGCCAUUAAGGGACGCGAUAGGCGUUGGCUAUCGCCACAUUGAUACCGCUGGCAUCUACCAAAACGAGACAGAAAUCGGUCAACUCCUUAAAGAACUUUAUACUGAAAAGACAAUCACAAGAUCCGAUAUUUGGAUCACCUCGAAGCUAUCGCCGUAUGAUAUGGAAACACCCCGAGCCGCUCUUCUCAAAUCGCUCUCUUCGCUUCAAACAGACUAUCUAGAUCUCUAUCUCAUACAUUGGCCAGCUGUUUCCCGCACCCCAGGGAACAGUCCGUUGCACAAGAAAUUGAGAUUAGAGGCAUGGAAUGUCCUCAAUGAAGCAAAGCAACAGGGUCUUCUACGCAACGUUGGCGUGUCGAAUUUCACACCACAUCACAUCCAGGAGUUGAGAGAUGAGACGACGUAUGGAAUUGAUGGGAUGCAUGUUCAAAUGGAAAUCCAUCCCUGGUAUUGGAGAGACGGUUUUGCAAUUCAGAAUAUGUUUCGUGAACAUGGGAUUGUCAUGACUGGCUACGCCUUGCUUGCCGAAGGGAAGCUCUUGGGAGAACCGUGUCCGGAGGCUCUAAUCGAAAUUGCGUCCAGGACUGAAGUCACUUCUGUCCAGGUAGUGUUAGCAUGGGCUCUUUUCAAGGGGUGGAAUGUGCUUGUGAAGUCCGAGAAUCCUUCUCACUUGGUACAAAAUUUGGGGGCCGGUCGGGUGGCAGCCAUGUUGACUCCUGAGGAAAUUGCGGGCAUCGACACAAUAUCGCAAAAGGUCAAGGAACUCAAGGAAUGCUGGGACCCUCGGGCUGUGACUUGA